AUGGGAGCGGAAGAAGCCUUGAAAGGACGUGGCUCCCUCAGCAGGACAGGUGGAGGUGAGCAGAGCCUGUGUACCAGGAGCGCGGCGCUCCCAUCAGGCCCUUGGCUCACUCCGCAUCCUGGGGAAGCCCAGCCCUUCGCCUCGGCUCCCAUUGGCUGCCGUGCCUGCCGGAGUAAUAAAGCCAGAUCCUCAGGGUCCGGGCGCCUGCAGCUGCCCUACCUCCUGCUACUGCCUUGUCUUCGAUCGGAGAUGCGGACGCGCCUCCUGCUGCUGCUGCUGGGCCUCUCCUCGCUGCUGGGCCUCCUGCAAGCUCUAGAAUGUUUCCAGUGUCACCGAGUCAACGCCAGCGGGGUUUGCGAGAACAGGGAAAGCUUCUGCCACGCUCAAGGCAGCCAGCAGUGCUUCCUGAGGAAGGUCUACGAAGGUGACAGGUUCGUGUAUGGAUACCAGGGCUGUGGGGACCUGUGCCUCCCCAUGUCUUUCUUCAGACAAAAUGCUCGAGUGGAUUUUGUGUGCUGCAGUGACUCAUCUUUCUGUAACAAGCUUUAG